CAAGGACAGCCAGCUCUGGCGCGCGCGGCCGCCGGCCCGGCGCGGCCCAGUACUGGCCAGGCGCACGCCGGGCGUCUCUGAGGCUCAGGGCCGACUAAGAGAUGCCCUCUGCAAGGCAUGCGUCGGGGCUCGGGCCGCCGUCACUAUAGCUUUACUGCGGCGACACCCGUGAUGAAGAUGGGCGUCCGGGGCACCACAUCUCUCUCUCCCACCGCGGGCCUCCCCGAGCUUGGCCAUGUAUGCACGGCAGCGGGUCUUGUUAGUGCAGCCCGUGACUCGUCUCCCUCGCAUCCUCCUCGUUGGCAUGAUGCUCUUCCGUUCUACGUCCCUUGUACCUCAGUCCUCGGCUUGAGUGCGCGUCUAUUCGGAGGCGCGUGGUAGUGAUGGCGGCUCUCUGCGAGGCUUUCCUGUCACUGGAUACUACUACUCCCAGCCCGCCUCGGAGCCGCCCGAGCCACCCCUCGGUCUUUAGUUUACGAGUGGCAAUUUGACUUGCUCUGCUGCACGUCUGGAGGGACCGAGGAAAGUGUGGAGACGCCCCGGGGAUUUAGGGAUCGCAGUUUGGAAAGCAAGCCGGCCAAACAAAUAAACAAAACCCACCCGCCCUAACAAAUAUGAGGCUGCUGGAGAGGGUGAGGAAAGAAUGGUUCAUGGUCGGGAUAGUGGUGGCGAUCGGCGCCGCUAAGCUGAAGCCGUCGGUCGGAGUGAACGGGGGACCACUGAAGCCAGAGAUAACCGUGUCCUACAUUGCUGUUGCAACGAUAUUCUUCAACAGUGGACUGUCAUUAAAAACGGAGGAGCUGACGAGCGCACUGGUGCACUUGAGGCUGCAUCUUUUCAUCCAGAUCUUCACCCUUGCCUUCUUCCCAGCAACAAUGUGGCUCGCUCUCCAGCUUUUAUCAGUCACUUCCAUCAACGAGUGGCUUUUAAAAGGUUUGCAGACAGUAGGUUGCAUGCCUCCCCCCGUGUCUUCUGCCGUGAUUUUAACCAAGGCAGUUGGUGGAAAUGAGGCAGCUGCGAUAUUUAAUUCAGCAUUUGGAAGUUUUUUGGGCAUUGUUGUGACUCCAGUGCUCCUGCUGCUUUUUCUCGGCUCAUCCUCUUCGGUGCCUUUUACAUCCAUUUUCUCUCAGCUUUUUAUGACAGUGGUGGUUCCUCUUGUUAUUGGACAGAUCGUCCGGCGAUACAUCAAAGACUGGCUCGAGAGGAAGAAGCCACCUUUUGGUGUGGUCAGCAGCAGUGUGCUGCUCAUGAUCAUCUACACCACCUUCUGUGACACUUUUUCCAACCCAAACAUCGACCUGGACAAAUUCAGCCUCAUCCUCGUACUGUUCAUAAUAGUCUCCAUUCAGCUGAGCUUCAUGCUUCUGACUUUCGUCUUCUCCACACGGAAUAACUCGGGGUUCACACCAUCAGACACAGUGGCUAUCAUCUUCUGCUCUACACACAAGUCCCUCACCCUAGGAAUCCCGAUGCUGAAGAUAGUGUUUGCAGGUCACGAGCAUCUCUCGCUGAUAUCCGUGCCCUUGCUCAUCUACCACCCAGCUCAGAUCCUCCUGGGGAGUGUAUUAGUGCCAACAAUAAAGUCUUGGAUGGUGUCCAGGCAGAAGGGAGUGAAGCUGACGCGGCCAACAGUGUGACUCAGGAGGCCUUCCUGGAGCGUGUGCACAUGUGCAGGCUGCACACACAGGGGUUCUGAGGACGGAGCGUGUGCACAUGUGCAGGCUGCACACGCAGGGGUUCUGAGGACGUGUCCUUGUCAAUGUUGCUUCGAUGCCUAUUUUAUUUUUUUACAGAAAAGAAUAUGAUAUACCUGUUUAAGUGCCUUAAAAUGUUUUUGACAAGAGCGUUAUUUCCAAAACACACUCUGUUGGUUACUGCCAUUUUGGACUAAUUUUUUUUCCCCCUAAGGCAGAAAAAAAAAAAAAACUUCUAGUAAGGGACAAAAAGCUAACAGGUUCUCUUUGUACGGCCUUUGUGCAAGACUCUAAUAGCACCAUAAGGUUCGAAAUGAGGUCGUGCCAUCCAGAAACCUCCCUCCUGGUGACAGCGAAGGAUUCCAAAGUCUCAUUCGCACACUUUGAUUCACUGUGUGCUCCUUUGUUUCUAAGAUGGUGGUGCCUCUUCCUUAGUAACUCACCUGGGGACGUAGAUCGCAGAGGUGCCGAGAAGCAGGAGGACCUCAUUGCUUGACACCAUCUCCUCUAGACAGCCCUUCCUGCACACUCCAGACUCUCUGCAGUCCCAGCACAAGAGUGUGUGUCGGGGGUGGGGGUGGGAGGUGCAGCUUAAAAGUAUUCUAAGCUGGCUGCUUCACAGAAAGUUCUGACGAGUGUGGAGGAAAACUCAGACAGUGGUUUGGAUGUCUGCAGUCAUACCUCAGUAUGCUUCUCCUCUCUCUCCCAUAAUUCCUUAGUUUCCCAUCUUACCUACACACUCGCAACAUCCCCGUGCAGCACACAAACGUCACAGUCAGCUGGAGCAUCACAGAAAUCAACAGUGGAUUGUGUCCACAUUCCACGGCUGGGACCAAGCGCAUUUCUGUUACACAGUUCCAGGUCGGUCCUGUUGGCAAGACACAGCCUGUUACACCCUUUAAUCAAGCGCACUUGAGACAUCUGAGACAAUUUAUGAAUGAGAAUGCCCUUCCCUCAUUUGACAGAUGUUCUCAACAUCUCUUAAGAAAUCAAAUCAUAUCGCCUUAGGAGUCAGAGAAACUAAACACUAGGUCGCGGACGUGAGCUAAUGUUACAUGUCCACACUGCUAGGCAGGUGGAAGAAGGGCUGGCCCAGAAGACCUGGACCUCCCACUCACCGAGCUGUCAAACAGGACGAGUCCUGGAACUGGAACUGUCUGAUAAUUGCCUGCAGUGGCCAGAGACCCUAAGCUGAACCCAAACAGAAACUAAAGCAACAUACUGAACAGCGGUGGGAGUGUCUUUCCUGUUUCUUCCUUAGUGGUUUAACAGGCAUCAUGGGUCUCACCAGCCUUGCUGUCUCCCCAGCAGCUGCUUUUGGUGUUGGUAGUAGUGGCUGUGGUUCCCCAAUGAAUCAUUCCUUCAGAAUUCCCUGGGCUUAUCAGUGGUGUUGGGUUAGGUUAUGGUUAGCAUUGGUGUUGUAGAUGAUGGUUGUUUAUAUCAUGGUUAUCAUGGUUGGCGCUGGUGUUAUGGUGUUAGCACCAGGUCUUUUGUGUCAGUGUCUUGGGACCGCAUGACUCUGAGCAGAGAUGUAACACUGGUGUCAGGCCUUGCACAGAUCCACACUGCACAGCCUGUGGGGACACUCACUACUAUGGACAAGGACGCAGUGGAUCUGUUUGGUAAGUGUGCCACUUCCAUGGAGCACAAAGGUUUUCAAGUCUCGCCCCUUACACCCUUGGGGCUUUAGAGGAAGUGGACAUUGUCUGCCUGCCAGAGUUACAGAUGCAACCCUUCUGUCAUGUGACCACUGGUCCACUGGUCUCCCUGCCGCCGAAGCAUCUACCUCUCUGUGGGACACCUGUAGCAGGUGGGACUGCAACAAAGUUCAACUGAAAACGCUAUGGUAACAUUUUAUCUCUUGCUUUAAAAACACCUUUUGUUUUCCAACAAACUGAUUUAUAUCUCGAGUUUUGGGAGCUUUAGUAACAUGUCUGUGGCUACUUCUCCUUUCACACAAAUGUGAUAGCAUAUUUUUCAUGGUAAGGAAAAAACAGUAAAAUCAAAAUUUGCUUCAAUUCAUGCUCAUUAGGAUUGAACUGUCAGCUUAAAAUAUUUCUUAUGUUUAUGCACUGUCAAUGUCUGUUUUAUACAUUUGUUGGUCCAAAUGUGCUUGUAGAAAGAAAUAGACAUAGUUGUGUUUGCUCAUUUCCCACCUGGAAUUUGUUUUAAGUGGCUGAAACUUUAAGCAACGGUACUGCAGUCUUUACACAUGUUACAAAUGUUAAGGAUCUGUGGCUUUUUAAAUUCUUCCCUAUUCUGUUUUAAAAUGACACACCUCUGGUUGACGCUCAGUGUUUAUGCUAAAUACCAAAUUUUUUCAAAGAGAUGGCUAAGUAAUGAAGUGGGUUAUUUAUAAUGAAUGGAAAAUAAAAAAUAAUUCUAUGAUUAAACAGAGAGUAUUUGA